UAUUGCUAGCUAAGAUGGUGGUUUGAGCGUAAUUUGUCUUAACAAUACCAAGAAAAGAAAGGGCAAAACAUCUUUACAACCUCCCGAUUUGAACAGAAACUCGCGAUUACUGUUAUCGUAAGUGACCAUAUUUAGAAAAUUUGCCAUUUCAGGUACAUUGGCUUGCAGCCCCCGCCCAGUUUGGUGUGACUCCUUUGGAGUGGAUUCCUAAGCUAAAUACGGACAGGCCCCGUGCUCUGUGACCAGCUUCAGUAAAACUCAACCUUGCUGUGCAAUAGGAUGUCCCACAGCCCUGAAAUGAAGGACGACCCCAUGGAGUGCCCUCUGUGCAUGGAGCCCCUGGAGAUUGAUGACGUCAAUUUCUUCCCCUGCACUUGUGGCUACCAGAUCUGCCGUUUCUGUUGGCACCGCAUCCGCACAGACGAGAACGGCCUCUGCCCUGCCUGCAGAAAGCCAUACCCAGAGGACCCCGCUGUGUACAAGCCUCUGUCACAGGAGGAAAUCCAAAGGAUAAAGAAUGAAAAGAAGCAGAAACAGAACGAGAAAAAGCAAAAGGUGACAGAAAACCGCAAACAUCUGGCGAGCGUCCGAGUGGUCCAGAGGAACCUUGUGUUUGUGGUGGGGCUGUCGCAGCGGCUCGCUGAUCCUGAAGUCCUAAAACGACCAGAGUAUUUUGGGAGAUUUGGGAAAAUUCAUAAAGUAGUCAUCAACAACAGCACAUCAUACGCAGGUUCACAGGGGCCCAGUGCCAGCGCUUAUGUCACUUACAUCCGUUCUGAAGAUGCUUUAAGAGCAAUACAGUGUGUGAACAACGUGGUCGUCGAUGGCAGAACACUUAAGGCUUCUUUAGGCACAACAAAGUACUGCAGUUACUUCCUCAAAAGUAUGCAAUGUCCCAAACCUGAUUGUAUGUAUCUACAUGAGUUGGGGGAUGAAGCGGCUAGCUUUACUAAGGAGGAGAUGCAGGCGGGGAAACAUCAAGAAUAUGAGCAGAAACUCCUCCAAGACCUCUACAAAUUAAAUCCUGGCUUUCUACAACCUCCAGCUUGUGCAACAGAAAAAUCUAAUAGUAAACCCAAUUCCACACAGAGAACUAACAGUAGCAAUGGUAAAGACGGCUGGCCAACGCUGUCAGGGCACAACAAACUGGCAAACGGACUUUCAGAAGACCGCAAGUCCCCUCCGCUUUUAGACUAUCCAGACCAAGAAGCUAGUAAUUCAGAUGGGCUAGAAUCAGAGCUGGGUCCUGGUCAGCGUCCUACCUUAUCCCCCUUCUCCUCUAACUGUGAAAGUAAUAGCAGCCCUAAUGACAAACCUCCAGAAUCAGUUGGUUUGGUGAAUGGAGAAACUUUACAACAGAUGCCUACAAGUGACUCCCCCUCCCCUCCCCCAGGCCUGACGAAGCCCAUCCUGGUGGUGCCCAUCAGCAUGUCGGACCACCUGGCCCGUUCGCCCUUUGAGGGCGCUGCAGCAGAAUCGCAGUCGCUCUUUUCAGACAACAGUAACUUCAGACAUCCAAACCCCCUCCCCGCCGGCCUGCCCCCCUUCCCCAGCUCCCCCCGUGGCAGUUCUGACUGGCCCAUGACACCAGAACCACAGAUACUCUUCACAUCAGACACAAUACCAGUGUCAUCCUCAACAGACUGGCAAGCGGCCUUUGGUUUCGGCUCGUCCAGCAAACAGCAGGAUGACGAUCUCGGUUUCGAUCCGUUUGAUGUGACCCGCAAGGCUUUAGCUGACCUAAUAGAGAAGGAGUUAUCAGUUCAGGAUCAGAGCCCCACGUCUCCCGGGCCGCUCCAACAGGGCAGCGCCGGCCACAGUUCAGGCCUGCCGUCAUCCAAUUCCAGUACAUCCCACCACUUCCCCAGCGGCCUGCCGCGCGUCCACCAGUUCCAUCACAGAGCCAUCUACAGCUCCUUCAGUUUCCCCGGUGGUCACAACAGCCAGGCCGGUCAGCAGCAGCCUCCAGCCGCCAGACACCCAUGGAUGGGCAUCCCCACACGAAAUACCCUCGCACACUUGAACCACUCAGCCAGUGCUGCCUCACACAGUAACAUCUUGGACCUGAAUCUGCCCCCUCAGCACAACACGGGCCUGGGAGGGAUCCCCAUGUCAGAAAACAGCAGCUCUAUAGAUGGCUUAAAUGUGAAAGAGUGGCAGGAUGGACUGAGAGCUCUUCUGCCCAACAUCAAUAUCAACUUCGGUGGCCUCCCAAACUCCUCCUCCUCUUCAUCUUCCUCGUCCUCCAACAGUGUUAACCACAUCGGUGGGCCAGCAGGGCCAGCGGGCAUUUCACACAGCCUGAGCUGGGACGGCACAGCCAGUUGGAUGGAUCCUGCUAUUAUCACAGGCAUCCCAUCCUCGCCAGGCAACAGUUUAGAUUGUCUCCAAGACGACAACCCGCCACACUGGCUCAAGUCCCUGCAGGCGCUAACAGAGAUGGACGGUCCAGCCAGCUCAGCGGUGCCCACUCCCCAGCCCCUCAACAGCGGCCUUCUCGACGGCCACCUCCCCCUCCAUCACAGAGCUCCCAGCGGCUGGGCUCCCUACCUGCCCCCUCCCACAGGCAACCCCACCGCUCAGUUCCACUCCCCCCCACCAGGCUUCCAGACCGCCUUCAGACCCCCAGGACAGCCCGCCACAGAGCUACUACAGAGCGCCGCUGUAGAUCGCCACUGAAUACAGACUGGAGCUGACAACCCAUCCCAACCCCCACUUUAUACCCACUCAUCCUGUAACCCCACCCCCCCACCCGCUUCCUUUACCCUAUUGCAAUACACACCAAUCUGCAGAGUAUGAGAAAUUAACGAAAUAACAAACUUGCUUUCUUCUUUUUCUCUUCCUCUUUCCUUUGUCGACUCAGAAGGCAUUUUUGUUUCUUUUUGUGGCACACAAUCAUCAUCACAUUUUUGUCUGCUGCAAUCACCAGUCCUCACACCUAGUUCUGGGCGUAACAUGGGAUUCAUUGUGUAGCUUUAUCGUCAACGGGAAGCACAAUAAUCAGUUUAGCAUUAAGUGCCCAGUGGUGACACAAGCUAACUCCACAAAUUGGUAAAGAAACAAAUUAGCAGAAGUGAGGUCUACUUUUAAAAGAAUAACAUAAUUAAGCAUGAUAACAUUUGUGUUUUUUGGAACCUUAAAGUCAUGAUUAGUUUAUGGAGGAAUGAAGCAAGCUGUGAAUCUACUCUGAAGCUUUGCCCCAAAGAUGCUCAUCCUCCCCUCUCUGAGCAGGGGACUGAAACGGUUAAACCUUACAGCCUUGUAGGGAAUCGGUCAAGGUGAGAGAGAGAUAGUAGGAUUUGGCACCUAGCUUACACGAGAGUGGGUUUUUAUAACUAUUAAACACAACUAGGGGGUGAAAACAAAAUGAGAUUGGGUUGAAGAAUGGAUUUGGAUCCUGCAGAAGUUUAGCGGACGGGCUAUGCAUGGGCUCCCUGUUGGGUACGGACACAAAUGGCCCACCUCAGAGGCCACUUGGCUCAUACUCUCUUCAGUAAGGGGCUCCCAUGGGCCCCUCAUCCUGCUGGAGGGAGAGCUUUGCUGAACCUCUGUAUCAGAGGAUAGAGCAGCGCCUUACCACAGGGAGCCAGGGCUGUGGGAAAUCAUGGCACACAUCCUGAGCACUAGGGUUAGACUCUUACUCACAGUGCCACUGUGUGGUACCUACAAUAGCUAGCCCUAACAUGAACAGCCACCAGAUAGAUGGGGGCAGUGACCAGAUGGAAGAGGACAUGUCAAAAAUACAAAUGAGAGUAGUAAAGAGGUUAGCGGGUCCCAUUGUUCAAUCCACGAGGGCUUAAAACGAGGCCUUAAAAUAGAAACAGGAGAGGAUGGAGCUCGAGUGUUUGAAAAGGGAGUGUUACUGACUGCUGAGAGUUAUGCAAUACCUUAUGCGACCUCAGCAGCUUGUGUGAAAGUGUGCAUCGCAAAAACAAGGUGCUGCAAGAACGUACCAAGUACUUUAGUAAUAAAUCAAGGAGCCCUCAGCCUUUCGAAAUGAGAUCAACCUCUCCGACCGCCGCCUUUAUUUCCAUGUUUGAAGUCUUAAUUCUGAUUCGUGUUCGCUCUGUCUUUUCUCUCUCU